AUGGAAGACUCGACAGCCACCAUGAGCAAGCCAACCUGGCAAGAGGUUGCAAAGGUAGCACAAAACCACCGAGAUGAUAGCAUUCGACGCGUCGAGCCGCCAAUCCCUGAGGUUCCAGACCCUGAUCAGUUACCUCUUGAUCGUACAGAUGUCCCAAAGUACUUGCUUUCAACUGAAGAAACUGUCAUUACUCAGACAGCACCUGAGGAUCUUGUCGCCUCUCUUGCUUCAGGGAAAUACACGAGCACUACCGUGACAAAUGCAUUCCUGCGACGGGCUGGCCUUGCGCAAGCUCUAGCUAAUUGUAUCACCGAGCUCCUCCCAGAGCAAGCGAUGGCCCGAGCCAAGUUUCUUGACGAAUACCUCUCUAAGCAUGGAAAGCCAAUCGGCCCUUUACAUGGUCUGCCAAUCAGCGUCAAAGAGCAUAUUGGAAUGAAAGAUUUGGGAUUGAACGCAGGAUUCGUUAGCUGGUGGGAUCGAAAAGGGGAGGAUGAUGCGCUUGUCUUGAAGAUCUUAAACAACGCCGGCUGUGUGUUCUACGCUCGCACGACCCAGCCUCAGACCUUGAUGCACCUCGAGACGUCUAGCAACCUCUAUGGAGUGACUGUGAACCCUUUUAAUAGUCAGCUGACUCCUGGUGGUAGUUCAGGGGGCGAAGGAGCCCUGCUUGCAUUGCGAGGGAGUUGUCUAGGUCUCGGGACAGACAUCGGAGGCAGCAUCAGAAGUCCUUCGGCAAAUUGUGGAGUAUACGGAUUGCGACCAUCAAGCUACAGGAUACCGGUAAGCGGAUGGUCCGCCACAAUGCUUGGCCAGGAGCAGAUUAUUGCGGUCCUUGGACCCCUGAGUACUUCACUUGAAGGAGUGAAGCUGUUCAUGAAGACAGUAAUCAGUGGAAAACCCUGGCUGAACGAGCCAUCAUUGGUCCCACUCCCUUGGAGAGACCAAGAAAGCUACCUUGAUAAACCUUCUGGGAAGAAACUCAAGGUUGGAGUCAUAUGGCACGAUGGCGUUGUCAAGCCGCAUCCACCUGUCCUACGGGCAUUGCAAGAAGUGGUGGACAAGCUCAAAAAUGUGCCAUCGGUCGAGAUUGUUGAAUGGAAGCCAUAUAAGCAUGACGAAGCUUGGAGCAUCAUUUCCAGUCUGUAUUUCUGUGAUGGAGGUCAACAAGAGACUGCUGCCAUCGAAGCGUCGGGCGAGCCGUGGCGACCGUUAUCCAAGUUCAUCCUGAAGGACAACCCAUGGGUGAAGAGGCUCACCGUUGAGGAGAUUUGGCACUGGACUACGAAGAGAGAAACUUACAAGACAGAAUACGCGAAAGUUUGGAACGACACCGCGACUGGAACCAGCGAGACUGGUGAGCUCGAAGGCGUCGUUGAUGUGAUCCUCUGCCCCGUAGGCCCAGGGGUGGCUCCUCCACUGGACUGUGCAAGAUAUUGGGGCUAUACGGCCCAAUGGAACUUGCUCGACUAUCCAGCGCUAAUCUUUCCAGUGACAAAGGUAGACCCAACAAUGGACGUGGUAGAUCAGGACUACAGGCCAAUGAACGAGAAGGACGAGUACAACCACCAGCUGUGGAAGUCUGGGCCUGAGAAGUACAAAGGUGCCCCAGUAUCAUUGCAACUAGUCGGACGAAGAUACGAGGAUGAGAAGGUAAUUGAGGCUAUGGAAUUUAUCAAGGAGAAUACUGGUCUUCCAUUUGCUAAUUUCGUGUAA